UCAAGGCAUGUUAACUCUUCCAGCUGGUUAACCUACUCGCAUAUAAUUGUCCCUGUUUUAAUGUCCUCCCUCGAGAACGAGGCAUCAUAUCAUAACGGUCUUAUCAAACUAGACCAUCACCCUGUGCUCAUUUAAACAGAAUAUGGGAAGGACACCUUAUCACAACCAUCUGAACAGUCGGAGAUUUCUAUACAGGCCUACAGAUGACACUCGAUAUUGAACACUCAGAACUGCAUGACAGUGCCUCACUUCAAAACCAGCUGUAGACAUCCAAGGUAGUAUGCACAGGUAAUAUUUCAACACAACCCUGCUGCAUUCAAGCAAUGGAAAACAGGUAAUUUGAAAAGGAUACUCCCUAAACUGUGAAAAUGUCCAGGUCGUUCAUCGAAAGUAAAACGUACCAGUCGAUCAAGGAAGAUGAAGUCAGGAAACGAGAUACAAACGCAAUCUUCAUAGCUUUGCGUAUCCCUCUCCUGGAGCUCUGUGAGAGGUUGACCUUCCACAGCAUCGCAUCAAAUCUUGUAAUGUUCUGUACGAACCAUCUUAAGUUCGAUAGCGUGGAUGCCGUCACCAUCAGUCUCAUAUUUACUGGUACAUGUUACUUGGUACCACCCAUUGCUGGAUGGAUAGCUGAUUCUUAUAUUGGACAAUACAAUGCCUUGCUGGCGAGUGCACUCCUUCACAUGUUAGGUACUUUUUUCCUGCCAGCAGCUGCAUUUUACUACACAAGACUAGGACCUUAUGAAAUGCCACUGGAUGGCAGACGAGCCUACUUUCUGAUUGGGAUCUUUCUGGUUGCUAUAGCAACAGGCGGAGUCAAGGCCAACUGUACCCCUUUUGGCGCGCGACAAGUGGAACAUGUUGGAACACAUGCCAUACAGACAUUCUUUGCCUGGUACUAUUGGUGCAUGACAAUAGGAUGCAUCAUAGCCUACACAUUGAUGGUCUACAUUCAACAAGAGGUGAACUUUGCCUUGGGAUAUCUUAUCCCUGGUCUCACCAUGAUGUUAGCCAUUACGUUCUUCAUAACGGCCAGGAAAAAGUUUAUUGUCAUUCCACCAAAAGGCAGCCAAAUAGCAGCAACCUGUAAGAUUAUUUACGAAGCUUUAUGCAACAAAUAUAAACAGGUUCCACUCGAUCUUCCAUCCUUUCUGGAUUAUGCAAAGAUCCAUUAUGGCGGCAGCAGAACAGAACAAGAAGUCGAGGAUGUGAAAAUGCUCGGAGGCGUCUUUCCAAUAUUUUUAACAGGGAUGAUAUACUGGACAAUAUUCGCACAGACCAAUAGCAGCUACCUCCUCCAGGCAGAGAGGAUGAACCUCCAUCUCGGCAGCUUCACCCUCCCAGCUGCCUCUCUGCACAUUUUCAUUUACGGCGGAGUCAUUCUACUCAUACCACUGCUAGACAGAGUCAUUUAUCCCCUACUGGACUCAUUUUGGAGGAGACCUACACCACUUAUUCGAAUGGGUCUUGGCUUUUUAUUUGCAUCUGCAUCAGCCAUAAUCGCCGGAAUCUUAGAGUACCACAGAAAAAUAGACAUCAAGGAAAAUGGUGCAACGGUGCAAGUAGUUGGAGGUGAAAACUUCUAUGCCUCCCAGCUGAGCGUUCUGUAUCAAGUGCCUCAGUUUCUGUUAUUUGGGAUGAGCCUGGUCUUUAUGGAAGUCACAUCACUAGAGUUUGCAUUUAGAGAAGCGCCACUAUCGAUGAAGGCCGUUGUAACUGGUAUCUUCUUGAUAACCAUUGGUCUUGGACAAUACCUCAGUUCAUUACUACUCAUAAUAGUUAAUGCAGUGACUGCUAACGAUCCAUGGUAUCCAGAUGAAAUCAAUGAUGGCUACCUAGAUUACUUUUUCUAUCUUCUCGCUGGACUUAUCAUCGUAGGCCUCAUAAUCUUCACCGUAGUUGCACGGCGAUACGAGUAUGCAUCAGACCGACACAACAACUCGGUGAAAGAACUUGACACUAAAGAAAGCGACGAUGAGUCAAUAUCAUCAGACAUUGGUUUACUUCAACAACAAACAACGACAACAGCAGACGAAAGACGAACGUUGCUACAAAGGACUGAGCGCUAUGAUUCGCCAGAUACGUGUACUGAGUUCUGA